CUCCGUCUUGCCUCUCUUGCCUCGAUCUUCCUUCGUCCAUCCUCCGUCGUCGCUUUCCCCCAUCGCUCCUUCCUCCAUCUCCCAUCCCCGUCGCUCUCCCGUCGCCAUGGCCAAGUUCUCGUUUGCCGCCCUUGCCCUUGUUGCCCUCUCGGCCCUCUCGGCCAGCGCCCAGAGCUAUCCUGCCUCGCAGGCCUCGACCGACCUCACCAGCCUGUGCUCCUCCCUCUCGUACCUCCCCGUCUGCUCCAUCCAAAAGCUGACCUGCACCACCAUGAGCUCCACCUACCCCAGCCAGUGCAACCCCAUCGCUCUCAUGCACACCGGCUGCGCCGAUCCCGCUGCCUCGUCCAAUGCCGCCUGCUCCACCAUCAACAAGCUCUGCACCUCGACCCCCACCGCGACCGAGUGCUCGGCCAACAUCACUGGUCUGCCCACCGCCAAGGCCGUCUCUAUGAAUGACUACUCCAUUUGCUACCAGAUGCCCAUGAUGAAUUCCUGCACCAUCUGCCCCGGCUCCCCCUCCAACACCACACUCAUCUACCAGUCGUGCGACCCCCUCAACGCCUACGGCCAGCUCUGCCUCGAGAUGCCCGGUAUGAGCCAGUGCGCCAACUGGCAGACUUUCUGCAGCGCCAACUCCAAGAUCGCUCCCUACUGCUCGGCUGCUGCUGCCGCCGCCUCGCCCUCCUCCUCUCCCUCGCCCAGUGCCAAGAGCGAUGCCUCGUUCAACGGCGUGGGCGUCAUCCCCGCCGCUGCCGUUGCUAUCAUGGUGGCUGCCCUCGGCUUUUAAAUCACUGCUGUGGCUCGCUGCUUGUCUGCAGUGCACUCCCCUUUUUUUAUUUGUAUGAGCACGCAGGCUUCUCGCUGGUUCGGGUGGAAGGCACGGCGAUCCCGCUCGAUCUUGACUGGGAUUGCAUUCCUCUGUAAAAACGUCACGCUUCGCCCCUGUCUUUCCUCAUUCAGUUUACCCCUCCCCUUCAAACAAUAUAAGCAUCUUUCGUCAAAGACAACGACGCUCUCCACGGCCUGUGCAUAUGCAUCAAACCCG